AUGAAUGAGCCCGACGAUGCUCAAAACCGACCCGCACAUUCAGAUCGAACGGGCAAUGGGGAGCAGGGGUCCAACAUGAGAAGGAAAAAGGCAAGAGAUUCCAAGGCGGAUUAUUAUCGUAUGAAGGCUUCGAGCUCGAGAGAAUUCAGGAAAAUACAGGACGAGCUUUCCAAUGAAACCACCUCCGAUCUAGAAUUCGCUUUGCGAACGGACCCAGUCGAACAACCCGACAUCCGCAAGACAAUUCGCAUCCUACGAAUUCUGCUUCACGAUCGCCAAGUCCAGCCAGGCGCUCGCCAUUAUACGGCACUGAUAAAUGCCAAUGCAGAUUUGGAGCGGGGAUCACCCGCUACGGCGCUCGCAGUGCAUCCAGAUUAUGUGUUACGCCAGAACAUCCUGCGCAAACUCCGAGAGCGGUGGAUGGUCCUUAGUCCUGAAGGCUGGCACUUCGUAGUUUGCGGUCUCAUCCGGGAGAAUCAAUUUGAACUGGCAUUGGAUCAUAUGUCUGAAAUGGAGCGGAAAAAAGUACCAAUUGAGACUUGGCUGUACAAAACAAUGGUUUACAACCUAUGUGAACUGGAGGAGUUUGAUGAGGUCUAUCGACUGGUGAAAUCGCGCUUGGAUCUUGGAUACGAGACGACAGACAAGCUCUGGGCUCAUGUUUUGCGGGCCGCAAUCAAGGGCUCCCGCCUUGACCUGACCCGGUAUAUGUGGCAGCGCCUGGUUGAUCUCGAAUAUCUUUUCCCGUCCGCGGACGUAUGCCGAAAAGCCUUCGCCCUGGCUGCAGAAAAGGUGGAUUUCCCACUAGUGGUGUCUGUGGCGCGCUUCUGCACAAGACGCGACAUCCCGCUCCCUGAAUAUCAGGAGUUUUUGCAGAAACAUCUGGCGCUAGGUGCUGACCCUGAUACAUUCAAAGCACUAAGCGUGGUACAUCAGGCUGGGCUUCCCAUCAACGUUGGUUUCACAACCCCUGUCCUCGACAAUUUGAUCCAAACAAACGCGGACCCCCGAGAGGAAUGGCAGACCCUCAAACAUCUGAAAAACGAUGGUCUCAAAAUUCCGCUGGAGAGUAUUCAGAUCGUCAUUGAGCUGUGCGAGCACAUUGCCUCGAGGGACCCCUCCGUUGUGGAUGACGCCCUUGGGUUUUACAGGGAUCUAGAAUCGGUGUGUCCUGAUGGAGCCGACGUUGAGGUUUUUAACGCAUUUUUGCGGGUUUGUCGAAACGCCAAGAGGCACGAUUCCGGCAUGACGAUUCUCAAAGAGAUGACCAACCAUGGAGUUGUACCGGACCGAAAGACUUUCGAAACACUCAUCCUGAUGUGCCUUGAUGCUCGACAAUACCGAUCAGCCUACAUGUAUUUUGUCGAUUUCUUGAAGAGAAAUGAGCCUCUCAGCCCAGAUACACAGAUGCAAAUCCGUCAGAUAUGCGCGAAGUCGGUGCACGAGUUUGCUAUGAAGCUACAGUAUCAUCCUGCGAUCAAGGAUGAUCAAUCGGAAACACCUGUGGAGCCCGCCGCCAAGGAACCUGACGUAGAUUCGACGGUUCCUUGGAGACCGUUCAUUCACCGCGAACAAGCCGGUGGCGAAGACGACUCGUCUGCGAAUAAAACAAAUGAUACCCUGUAA